CACGACCUAUAAUUUCUUUAGCUGCAAUUGAUUGAGUGCUUCCUUUCUUUAUCCUUUUAACUUGGUCUUGCGUAUCCCUCACUCUAAGCCUUCCCCAAAAACAUGCAUACCCUUCUGCUUCAAUUUUUGCGUCCUUUCCUUUUGCUCACUUCCUUUAUUUCAAUCAACUUUGAGUUAUAUUUAUGUGCAGAUAAUGAAGCGUACUCAAACUGCAGCGAAGCCAUCAUCAACUGCGGGGGCAUCUCGUCAGACGUCGUGUACCCGUUUUGGGGUGUAAACAGACCCUAUUACUGUGGUCAACCUGGGUUUGAGGUCCAAUGCCUAGACAGCGUUCCCGUGUUCAGCAUGUGGAAUAUCGACUACAGAAUUCUCGAAAUGAAUUCGAGUAGUUGUCCAUGGACUAUUAAAGUUGCUCGGCAGGACUAUUGGAAAACUAUCUGUCCUCCCACUUUUGUUUACACCAACAUCAACUCCUCUCUGUUUGAUUAUGCUUCCGGGCUUGAAGACGUGACCUUUUACUACGUAUGCAGUGCAAAUACGGGUACUACUAUCCCGGGAUUUAAUUUUAAUUCCCAAUCCUGCAGUAAUAACAUGAGGGGCAUCACUAAUUCGAAGACGACUAAUCAGGGCGGUCGCGGAUUUGAUGUUAAUACGUAUGUCACAAGAAAUCCCGGAUUUGAUCCAGUUGCGACUGGCCUAUGUACGUACAGGGUCAGUGUUCCGGUUUUUACAACAGCUGUUCUUGCUCUAGAGUCCAAUCGAACGACUAUCCAGGACGCGAUAGAUGGGGGUUUUGAAUUGGAAAUUAAGAUUGAUGAUGAUGAAUGCGACAGUUGUGAGGUAUCAGGAGGAAAGUGCGGGUUUAACAUUACUAGUGGUGGAUUCAGUUGCUUUUGCCAUGAUCGGGAUAAUGAAAAUGCAACCACAUGCAAAUCAACUUCAACUGAGUCAUCAGGUUCAAGUUCAUCGUCACGUGAGAAAAUAGGUUUUUCGGUUCGUGUUUCUGGGACCACAGUACUAAUUGUUUGUGUAAUAUGCUUAACGAGGAAAAGAAUCGUAAUGCUCUUCAAGAAAUAUAAAGGGGAAAAAAUUGAUGUUGAGGCCUUUAUAUGGAGCCGUGGAUCACUUACUCUAAACCGGUAUAGUUAUUCAGAUGUGAAGAAAAUGACAAUCUCCUUCAGAGAUACAAUAGGUAAAGGAGGAUUUGGCACUGUAUACAAAGGAAAACUACCCUACGAUGGACGUAUUGUUGCAGUGAAAGUCCUUUGCGAGUCCAAGGGUAACGGAGAAGAAUUUAUCAAUGAAGUUGCUAGCAUUGGUAGAACUUCCCAUGUCAACAUAGUCACUCUUUUCGGAUUCUGUUACGAAAGGGACAAAAGAGCUUUGAUUUAUGAAUUCAUGCCUAACGGAUCUCUUGAUAGUUUCAUACGUAAGCAAGGAUCCGAUAUUGAAAAGUGUCGCUUGGGGUGGAAGACAUUAUCUGAAAUAGCAGUUGGUGUCGCGCGAGGACUAGAGUACUUGCACCGUGGUUGCAACACGAGAAUUUUGCAUUUUGACAUAAAGCCGCAAAACAUUCUUUUGGACAAAGACUUUUGCCCGAAAAUCGCUGAUUUCGGUCUUGCCAAACUAUGCAAAGUGAAGGAGAGCAUUGUGUCGAUGUUGGGCACAAGAGGAACUGCAGGAUACAUCGCACCUGAAGUAUUUAGUCGGAGCUUUGGAGGAGUGUCUCACAAGUCUGAUGUGUACAGCUACGGAAUGCUGGUUCUCGAAAUGGUUGGAGCAAGAAAGAAUUUGGAUUCCGGAGUGUCUCAUACGAGUGAAAUGUUUCCGCAUUACGUUUAUAAAGUUCUAGAGCUAGAGAACAAUGAGAAUGUUUUUGGGGCUAUCAGUGCGGAGGAAAAUGAAAUAGCAAGAAAGAUGGUGUUGAUAAGCAUGUGGUGCAUUCAGACCAUUCCUUCUGAUCGGCCAUCGAUGAGCAAAGUGGUAGAGAUGUUGGAGGGACCCCUUCAAUCCUUGCAAAUUGCACCCAAGCCCUUCUUGUCUUCACCUACAACAGCUGCAGAAGACUCUACGAGUACAUCCCAACAGUCUGAUGAAGCAAACCAGGGCAACUAGAUUUGUUAGCAGCUCUUUGGUAAUUAGGAAUUCCAGAUGAAUUUGAAUUGUACGAAAACUUUUCUUUGAGAAAUGAAAUCUCUUUUCAUGAUAUUAUAUAUGAAUAACCUUUUCUUAACACA